AUGGCUGCUGGUAUGUCUGCCGACGCUCCCGUCCGUGUCUACAUCGAGAUCCUGCCGAAUCUGUCGACGCUCUCGGCCUCCGUCUGUCUGGAGCCGCCGCUUCACGGGCCCUCUGUCUCGCCGGGUCUGCCCAGGAUCAUCCCGCGAUCGGGCCAUGUGCUGAUCGCCCCGGUGUCGGCCAAUCAGGCUAUCAAGGUGCCCCUCCCUGUUCCGAUCGAGCCGGCCUCGAUCGCCAUCACAACAUCGCCUUCGACGGCCUCAGCGGCUGCUCCGGCCUCAUCCACCAUCGACAUCAAGCUCAAUCUAGCACGUCCCAUCGACGCUCCUGCGCGUGAUCCCUCGGAUCUGGGUCCACUGCCAGCGGCCUCUCUCGAGAACGUCUUGGAUAUUCAGUGCCACGCCUGCAAGCUCUCGCUGCUUGACCCGGGCUCGGCCAUCACCAAAACCGUGAAUCUGCCCUCCGAGUUCUGGUACGAGCUGAUGGACUGUUGGGCAUGUCAUCAAGAGGACUACUCGCAGUUCCAGAAGGAUCAUCAAAACGGCGUCAUUCCUGCCAAGGAGUCGACCAUGCUUGUCGCCAACACCCACGUGCUGCUGCACACUCGAAACCUCGAUAUGACGCAUUUGGAGUGCGAGCCGGCCGAGACGGCCGAGCCAGGGAACUGGAAGAAAGUCUGUUGCUCACGGUGUCAUGAAAGCCUCGGCGAGUGUUUCUACGACCUGGUCAACGCUGGCAAUAUCUUUGCCGUCAAGGUGUUCAAGUACCGAGUGGACUUUUGGACAGCCGCCGCACAGAGCGCAUCGGCGAGCCCCCCGGCUCCGAUGGCACGCACGCUGCACCAUUUCCCGUUCAUGGCCUACUUUGUCGACCAAGUUAUGGAGUAUGUCAGCGCCCAUGCCACCUUCCGGUUUGUCGUGACGGCACUAGACAAGACCCCCUUUCUGAUCAUGUGGGUCUUGAACUGGAACCUCCUCGUUGCUACCAACGCCGGUGGCUCACCAGAGUGCCGCCGCCAGCUGGGCUAUCUCUGGGGCGAGAACGGCGGGCUCACCAGCACAGAAAACAUGUUCCCGGCCAUCAAGGUGCUGUACUCAUCGUGCUCCAGCAACCCGGGACUGGCAGCGACAUGGUGUGCCGACAAGCAGGUCGAGCAGAUUCGGUAUCGCACCGACAGCUGCCUGGAUGUGCUGCGAACACUCGAGGCCGCCACCAGCACACUUCCUCCGGACAGGCGAGUGCUCAACGGAUUCAGUGUCGGGUACCUGCUGCGAUCGUAG